AUGCAUCAUUAUUUCUUUCUUUUUUCUUUUAUAGAUCAUUAUUUCUUUAUUUUACGUAUCGUUCUUAUUUUUUCUCUAUCAUUUAUGUUACUUAAGAAAUCUGUUUUUGGGGAAAUCCUUCCUUCCUUCCUCCCUUUCUUUCUUUCUUUCUUUCUUUCUUUCUUUUCUGUAUCAUUCUUUUUCUUACUUAUUUUUUGUCUAUCUUUUUUCUUUCUUUUCCUCUGUCCUUAUUUCUUACAUUGUUUUCCUUCUUUUCUUUUUCAUAAGUUGUUUAAACUAUUUACGAAAUCUGUUCUUGGGAAUUCAUUUUUUUCAUUUUUUUCGUUCUUACUUUCUAUCCUGUAUCAUUCGUUUUACUUACUUUUGUUCCUGUGUUUUGCAUUAUUUUUCUUCUUCUCCCCCUUUAUUAAUCUUUUAGACUAUUUAAGAAAUUUCUUGGGAAAUGAUUUCUUACCAUUACCAUUCUUUCUUUCUUUCUUUUUUUUACUAUUCUUUCUUUCAUUUGUCAUUCCUUCUUUCUUUCCUUUACCAUUCUUUUUUCUUCUUUUACCAUGCUGUCUUUUUUUACCUUUAACAUUGUUUCUUUUACCAUUCUUUCUUUCUUUCCUUCCUUUCUUUAUUCCUUCUUCCUUCCUUCCUUCUUUCUUUCUUUCUUUCUUUUUUUUUUACUAUUCUUUCUUUCAUUUAUUUACCCUUAUCCUUCUUUCUUUCAUUUUCUUUCUUUCUGUCUUUCUUUCCGCUUUUUUCGGAUUCAUCUUUUUCUUUUAUCACAAGCCUAGAUUUACCCUUUUCUUUCUUUCUUUCUUUCUUACUUUCUUUUCGCCUGUCCUUGCUGUUGGCUACGUUUUUCCUCAUUUCUUCUUUUAUGUUUGUUUUAUGUUAUUCAUUUAUUUGUCCUUGGAAAUUAAUUUCUUUCUUUCUUUUUUUUCUUUCUUUUUUCUUUCUUUUCCAAUUAACAGAUUUAAAAGCCUAAUCUCCCAAAGUGUAUCGACCGCACACCUUAGCCAAGUACCCACACACCAUAUAUCCCUCCUAUUAUGCUACAAAUCACGUUUACCCCCCCCCCCACCGCCGUUGUUCUUACGACCAUUUCAUACUACUAAGCACAGUUUCGAUCUCCGUCAUUUAUAUUCCCAUAGUCUUGGAGACGACAAUUAA